AUGAAUGUAGAAACGGAUUCGUUAACCAUUGGACUUCUGUUACCGCGGGAUGUGGACUUAGGGGGACCAGCGCCAACAGGGGGUCCACCAGGUACAGGUGGGCCGCCAGGGACAGGGGGGCCUCCAGGCACAGGGGGGCCACCAGGCACAGGAGGGCCACCGGGCACAGGCGGACCACCAGGUACAGGAGGUCCUCCAGGGACAGGGGGGCCUCCAGGGACAGGAGGACCACCAGGGACAGGAGGUCCUCCGGGCACAGGUGGACCACCCGGUACAGGAGGUCCGCCAGGCACAGGAGGUCCGCCAGGCACAGGUGGACCACCAGGGACAGGAGGUCCGCCAGGCACAGGUGGACCACCAGGCACAGGUGGUCCGCCAGGCACAGGUGGUCCACCAGGCACAGGGGGGCCACCAGGGACAGGAGGACCACCAGGCACAGGAGGACCACCAGGCACAGGUGGACCACCAGGUACAGGAGGUCCGCCAGGCACAGGAGGACCACCAGGUACAGGAGGUCCGCCAGGCACAGGAGGACCACCAGGUACAGGAGGUCCGCCAGGCACAGGUGGCCCACCAGGUACUGGUGGACCACCAGGAACAGGUGGUCCGCCUGGCACAGGCGGGCCACCUGGCACAGGCGGUCCGCCAGGAACAGGAGGUCCGCCUGGCACGGGAGGUCCGCCAGGCACGGGAGGUCCACCAGGCACGGGAGGACCACCAGGCACUGGAGGUCCGCCGGGAACAGGAGGGCCGCCAGGAACAGGAGCUCCACCGGGUACAGGAGGACCACCAGGAACAGGUGGGCCACCAGGCACAGGAGGGCCACCAGGCACAGGAGGGCCCCCAGGUACAGGUGGUCCACCAGGUACAGGAGGUCCGCCAGGAACAGGGGGUCCACCAGGAACAGGAGGACCACCAGGAACAGGGGGGCCACCAGGGCUGCCAGGGACAGGAGGACCACCGGGUACCGCUGGUCCAAAAGGCAUAAAGGGGGCAAAAGGGCCCAAAGGGGUCAUGCCUCCUGGCACCCCCGGGGACAAGGGAGACAUGGGGAUGUCCGGUAUCAUGGGACAGAAGGGUCUGCCGGGUGCCCCAGGUAUCAAAGGCAUGAAAGGGGAGAUGGGGAUGCCAGGCAUGGCCAUGAAGGGAGUAAAGGGAGAAAAAGGACAGGACGGCACAACGAUGAUGACCACGGCGGCGGGGGUUACCAAUAGCAAUACCAAUAGUCCGGCGGUCACAGGAGGAGUGACCAAUCGGAUUGUAGCUACAGGAACACCUGAUACUUCCAAACCACGAAAUAUGCUAGUAGAAAAAUCAUUACCAGGACUUGUUGGCGGGGAAACGGCCAUCACCAUUAGUGUGAUACCAAUGAUUUUAAUAUUCGUCGUCGUGAUAGGUAUGCUUAUUCGCAGAAACAAGAAAACUCUGAAGUAUUUAAAGAAAGUCGAUAAGGACGUUGAGCGACGUGCGCAUGCGUGGGACAUCCAUAGCGUUCAGAGCAGACCGGAAUCGAUGAUGUAAACGAGGCAUUGUAACGGUGGCUAGUCCUAUAGACGCUACACAUCCAAAAGAAUUGCUUUGCAGAUUUUGAUAAACAUUUCUUCAAUUAGGUUCACGCCUGGGAUAUUUCUUCCUAAAAUACUGUGAAUAUGAACUUUCAAAGAGUUUUUAACGUAUACGAAUAUCAGGUCUCCUUGUAUUUGAAAUGAUCACAUGCAGGACAUUUAAAAACGAAACUUGUUCUAUUGGUCAGUGUUAAAUAUUUGCCAUCACCAUAUAUGUAUUGAUAUAUGCUUUGAAUAGUGCACCAACCCUUUUUGUUAUAUUUGAUUCAGUUCGCAAAUUUUGUUCCAACGCAUGAUAGCUAUAGAAAUACCAAAGGCGAAUGGCUUCCGUGUAGCCAUUGCGUGAACUGUUAAUGCCAACUGAUUUAAAUUGAAUGAAGAGCUCAGUUGAAGACAGAUUGAAUAUUCGUGCAGUUAUAGCAUCAUUUCGAAA